UUUACAAAUAAUCACGUUUAUAACAAAUCUGGGAUUUCUAGAUGCGUAUUUUUUUUCUUCAAAUUAUUCAAUAAAGUGGGUUUAUCUUAUGGAAAUUAUUCAUUAACAACACAAAUGUUCUUUCAUUAAAGUAGAAGUAAGUAAUAAUAAUCUCUUACUACCACCACUAUUAUUAUUAUCAACCAAUCCAACCAUCAACAUACAAUCAGCGGGUUCGUAUAUGGUUAUGGUAACCCAGAGGUGUAAAAUAUAUUCUAAACUGUGGCGGCUAAAGAGCUUUACUUUCACUACUUCUUGCAGAAGUUAUUUAAGAUAGGGUUAACGGGUGGUGGGCUUUUAGUGUCGCGUUUUGAGCGUGUCAAUCGCUAAGACCCACCGACGACGGGCGGAGGGUGCAUAUUGGAGCAGCUCUAUUUUUAUUUUUUUCUAGUUUUUUUUUUUUAAUUAACCGACGAGUGGACUAUUUUUGGUGAUUUUUUUUUAAAGUGUUUGUAGCUUAAAGUUUUGCUACAAUGACCCUACAAACAUCCUUGGUCUUUCCUUUCAUGCUAAUAAUUCUCACUCAUGCGACACCACAAGACUAUCAAAACCUAUUCUUGGAAAGAAUCAACCCAAACACCUAUGAGGACACCAUUUACGGAGGUCACUUAAUAGACAAUCACAUUUACAACAGGAGACCAGGAAAAAUUUCCCAACAAGUUCCAGUAUUGCAACCCGAUUUCAAUGUGAAACCUUCUUUUGGAGCCCCAAUUCAUUUUGGUGAUGGAGGGUAUUCUGCUAUAGUUGGAGGGGGUAGCCAAUUUGGAUCGCCUCAGCCAAACCUAUAUGGUCAAAGGUACCCACAACUCCCACAACCAACCCAAGAUCCAGCCACAUUGGGUUGCGGCCAACCUCCAAGCUUCUGUCAAAAAUCCAGAUACCGUUCCUAUGAUGGAUCUUGUAACAAUUUGAGAAAUCCCGGUUUGGGUAUUCCGCAAACUCGUUACAACAGAUUAUUGCCGGCAAAAUACGGAGAUGGUAUCAGUACACCCACAGUAGCCCUAAGUGGCAACCCCUUACCAAGUGCCAGAGCGGUGUCGGUUAUGGUAUACCCUGAUGUGCCUAUCGAAGACCCUAUCUGGACCCUUAACGCGAUGCAGUAUGGUCAAAUUAUUACUCAUGACAUGAGUAUGAUCGUUGGAAGCACUCAGACACAACCUCAUGGAACACGUUGCUGUUCACCUGACGGUCAACUUUUGGAAUUAGCCAACAGUCCGGACCAUUGCUUCCCCAUAACGGUACCAGCUAAUGAUCCAGCUUAUUCCCAGCAAAACAUUAGAUGUAUGAAUUUUGUCAGAACUAUCACUGAUAAGGAUAGGAGAUGCAUUGGAGAUCAUCAACCAGCUGAACAACUGACUGCAGUCAACCAUUACCUUGAUCUCUCCAUCGUCUAUGGUAACAGUGACCAAGUCAACCAACAAGUCCGUGCCUUCCAAGGAGGUAGACUGAUAAGCGAACAAAGAAACAACCAAGAAUGGUUACCAAGAAACCAAAACGUUUCCGGAUCUUGUACGGUUUUGGAUCCUAAUGAACCUUGUUAUAUGGCCGGAGACACUAGAGUUAACCAAAACCCUCAACUAACCGUCCUACAAACCCUCCUUCUCAGAGAACACAACAGAUUAGCUGAUAACUUGGCUAAAAUCAAUCCUCAUUGGGACGAUGAAACUAUCUUCCAGGAAGCCAGAAAAAUCAACAUUGGCCAACAUCAACAAAUAUCUUACUACGAAUGGUUACCGAUUUUCAUUGGCUUGGAAAACUCUCUUAAAAAUAAAAUUUUAUACAGAACCAAUGGCUAUGUUGAUGAUUAUGACCAAAGCGUAAACCCAACCAUUUUGAACGAGCAUUCUACUGCAGCUUUCAGAUUUUUCCAUACAUUAAUUGCUGGACAAUUAGACUUGGUCAGUGAAAAAAGAAAUAGCUACGGAAACAUCAGAAUCAGCGACUGGUUCAACAGACCAGCCAUUCUGGAACAAGGCAACUCGUUUGAUGAACUCACCAGAGGUUUGGGUACUCAACCUGAACUGGCUGCUGAUGCUUACCAUGAUAGAGAAAUAACUCUUAAUUGGUUAAGACAACCUGGACAACAGCUUGGUCAAGAUUUGAAGGCUAUUUGUAUCCAAAGAAACAGGGAUCACGGUUUGGCAUCUUAUAAUGAUUAUAGGCAUUUCUGUGGAUUACCUAAAGCCAGGUCUUUCCACGAUUUCUUGGAUGUAAUUUCCAAAGAUAAUGUACGAAGAUUGGCUAAUCUUUAUGAACACCCCGACGAUGUUGACCUAACAGUUGGUGGUUCUUUGGAAGCUAUAGUACCGGGAACAUUAGCUGGACCCACCUUCUUGUGUAUUUUAACUGAGCAGUUUUUCAGGACAAGAGUCGGUGACAGGUUUUGGUUCGAAAAUUCCGGUGAUAUUGGUUUCACUUUACCACAGCUCGCUGAAAUAAGGAAAGCUUCAAUUGCGAGAAUUAUGUGUGACAAUGGUUUGAAUAUCAGAUCUAUGCAGCCUAGAGCUUUUGAAAGGAUUUCUCAUACAAAUGCUGUGGUUCCUUGUGAAGCCCUUCCAGUGGUAGACCUUUCCUUGUGGAAGGACUUGAAAGGUUCCGGUGCUGAAAUACCAUCAACAGGAUUCGGAUCAUCAGAAUUUUUUUUCAAGAAGUGAAGUAGCAACAGAAAAAAAUAAUUGAGUCUUUAGGCCAUACAAAACCUUGAUACUAUAAGGUAUAUUUUUAAUUUAUUUAAAUUUUACUUAAGUAGAUAGUUGGUAAGAUACAAAUUUAAUUCUGCAUCAGUUAGUUUACUGUUUCUCUAUAAAUUAAGUGAGUAAUUUAAAUAAUAUACCAAAUAGACCUUCUUCUCUGUCAUUUUUCUAAUUUAGUUUUUUUUUUUCUUAAAUUUUUUUAGAGUGGUAAAUUUGCCAGUUUAUUAUUUAUACAAAAACGAAAUGCAUUAAGUAUUGUAUUAACAUACGAAUAAUUAUUUAUCUAUUGUAAAUAAAAUAAUGUGGUAUGGAUAAGAUACGAGAGUAAGUGUCAAUAAUGUACAUAUUUUUUUAUUACAUGACGUGUACUAUGUGAUUAGAUUAAGAUAAGUAUGUACCGUUAAUUAGGAGAGGUUAAUAAAUGGGUAUGACAACAAAUUAUA